AAAUUUUUCUCCACUUUUCUCUUUCCCCUCCCAUCCUUUCCGCGUCCCCGCAGCGUGUCCCCGUCCCUCGGGAGGACAUCGCUGGGGGAGCGGGGCUGCGGCGAGGAUGUGCCGGCCCCCGCGGCGGAGCCAGCAGUGAGCACCCAAGGGAGGCACCUGCCCCUCGGAGCAGGGGGGCCCGGGGGGGCCUCGCCGCCUCGCCCCGCCGCCGACACUUCGCUCCGAGUUUAGCGACACGCGGGGGCUUCGAGCAUGAGCAAGCCGGCGGGAUCAACAAGUCGCAUUUUAGACAUCCCUUGCAAAGUGUGUGGGGACCGCAGCUCCGGGAAGCACUAUGGGGUUUACGCCUGCGAUGGGUGCUCGGGAUUUUUCAAGCGGAGCAUCAGGAGGAAUAGGACCUAUGUUUGCAAAUCAGGAAAUCAGGGAGGUUGCCCGGUGGACAAGACGCACAGGAACCAGUGCCGAGCGUGCCGGCUGAAGAAAUGCUUGGAGGUCAACAUGAACAAAGAUGCGGUGCAGCACGAGCGGGGCCCCCGCACGUCGACGAUACGAAAGCAGGUGGCCCUGUACUUCCGCGGGCACAAGGAGGAGAGCGGCGGAGCCCCGCACUUCCCCGCUGCCGCCCUGCCGGCGCCCGCCUUCUUCACCGCCGUCUCCCAGCUGGAGCCCCACGGCCUGGAGCUGGCCGCUGUCACUGGCACCCCGGAGAGACAGGCUCUGGUGGGCCUGGCACAGCCCACCCCGAAGUACCCACAUGAAGUCAACGGUACCCCUAUGUAUCUCUACGAAGUGGCCACUGAAUCCGUCUGCGAGUCUGCAGCCAGACUUCUGUUCAUGAGCAUCAAGUGGGCCAAAAGUGUCCCAGCCUUCUCCACCUUGUCCUUACAAGACCAGCUGAUGCUUUUGGAAGAUGCUUGGAGAGAACUGUUUGUUCUAGGAAUAGCACAAUGGGCCAUUCCAGUUGAUGCUAACACUCUACUGGCUGUAUCUGGCAUGAACAGUGACAAUACAGAUUCUCAGAAGCUGAAUAAAAUUAUUUCAGAAAUACAGGCUUUACAGGAGGUUGUGGCUAGAUUUAGACAACUUCGGCUAGAUGCUACUGAAUUUGCCUGUCUCAAAUGCAUUGUCACUUUUAAAGCUGUGCCCACACACAGUGGUUCUGAACUGAGGAGUUUCCGAAAUGCUGCCGCCAUAGCAGCCCUUCAAGACGAAGCCCAGCUCACCCUGAACAGCUACAUUCACACCAGGUAUCCCACACAACCCUGCCGUUUUGGAAAACUUCUAUUGCUUUUACCAGCUUUACGUUCAAUUAGUCCAUCUACAAUAGAAGAAGUGUUUUUCAAAAAGACCAUUGGGAAUGUACCAAUUACAAGACUGCUUUCAGAUAUGUACAAAUCCAGUGACAUAUAAAUUACCUUAAAAUAAACAAUCAGGAUGGACAGUUUGAGAAGAACUUUUAUCUAUGGAGAAUAAGCCUCAACUAACAAAAUCUACAGGAAGCAUAAGCCUGGGAAUGUUUAGUCCUUAAACUCAUUGACAAAAAAUACCCCAGUAGAUAUGAUUCUGCUGCUCUGAACAGAGUGAUUUAGAUCAUGGAGAGAAUGCUUUGUUCUACAGAAAAAGUGAAAGUGGUUGGAAUUUGGCUGCUAUUCCUGUUACUACAGGAUGGAGGCAAUUCAGAUGCCAGUCAUAGUUAACAAAGACUCUGCUAUUCUCUCAUUUAACUGGCAGAUCUGAGACAAAAUGUGAAAGAAGGUACUUUAGCUUGCUCAGUAUUUGGAACCGGGUGACCAAACUUGGCUUCUGUUGUAACACAAGAUGUGGUGGCCUUCAGAAUUGUUUUAAAAGUAGCCUAUGUUGGGAAAAUGUUUUUAAUACGAUAGGCAACAUUUGAGACCAAGUUACCAAAACAUUGCUUCUGCUAUAAUACAUCAUGAAGUGGCCUUCAGAACUGAUUAAAAGGUAGCUUAUGACGGCAGCUCCAUUCUUCCUACAAAGUGAAUUGGUGAUCUUUGACACGGAUGUCACCACAAUUCGUUCAGUUAACAUUUCAAAGACAGAAAGAAGAGCUUUAUACAUUUCCUCCCCGACCUUCCCUCCUUCCUCUUCCACACACACAGACAUACAUUCACACACACACACACCUGAAAAGAGACAACACAAGAAAGGAAGACUAAAACAGCAAAACCAAAUACAAUGGAGAUGACCGCUUCAGUGAUCUGCUGGCUGUCCAGUUGGCACAGUGCUGAAACCAAAGGCAACGGUGGCCAAACUCUUUGUCGAUGAGAUGCGCAGAGAAAUGAAAUGACUAUAAAAAAAGUCAAUGGAAGGAAUUUUAUUUCAAAGAAAUAAAGGUUGUUGACUGAUACAAUGCUAACAAUUUCCAAAAGUCUCCAAUGCCUUUUUAGAAAACUCCAGGUUCUAAUUUUGAAGCCUUGUUCGCCUACACCCUCUCACACACACAAAUGUUAUAAGCUGCUUAUUUGAUGUAUGAAAAAUGUAGAAAAAAAUUUUAAAGAUAGCUGCUGUACUUUUCAAAAUCUGAUUUGUUAUUAGGAACUAGCACUGAGAAAGAUCAGCACUUGAACUAUCAUAGAAUGAGUAAAACUUUUCCUGUACAAAGUGGAUUAACCGAUUUGUGAAGUUAAAAAGUUGUACUCAUUGUAUUUACAAAGAAUAAAAAUAUAUUGAAUUUAAAUUACUUUCCACUGAUCUUUUAACAGUUAUCCUUAAUCAGCUUCUGUCACUGUUUCCUACUUACCAGGGAAUAGAGAUAUUCUUUACUGAAAUGGAUUGUCCUAGGUCCUGUGGAGUUUCCAUCACCAGAGGUUUUUAAAAACAGGUAAGACAAACAUUAAAGGAGUAGCUUAGGUGAUCCUGCCUUGUGAGAUCCUGCAUAGAGCUAUUUCUGUAAUCCAAAUAAAUAUUAGCAGCAAGGCUGCUUUCUCAAGAAGGUGACAUGUAACUUUUUCUAGGAUACAACACUAAAUGCAUCAGAGGUCUACUCCAGUAUGUGCCUUCUGUUGCAUGGUAUUACAAUUUUUAAUAUCAGUGAACGGUGCAGCUAACAAAAGGUGAUGAGUACAAAAGCACUGCUUCAAUUAAAAAGACUGAGGUUUUAUUAAGAUGUCUAACUGCAUAAUCACACCAAAGAAAGGAGGAAACUAUUCCCAACCAACAGAACAAUUUGGCAAUAGUAGGAGGGAAAUGUAUUGUUCAUAUGGCAAUGAGUAAUGAAGAACCAUGCAUGCUAAAAUGACAUGUGGAAAUAAUCUCUGUGUGUUGAUGGCUCAUUGGUUUGCAGUGUCAAGGAAUACAGAUCACAAGUGAAAUCCUAGCUCUUGACUUUGAAGCUCAAAAAUCUCACAUGUUUCAGAGGUCAAAGUUUUAACCCCAGCUCUUUCCAUUUGCAGUCUGCUGGGUCUAAUAUUCUAUCUUUUCCAAGACAGACAGACCUAAAUACACAAGAUGAGUCACAGGCUAUGGGACCUCAAAGUAUCUUCUAUACAAAACAGCUUAGAGCACUUAAAAAUGCACUUACCACAGGGCACAGCACACUCUUGGAAAGAAACCAACAAACUUUAUAAUCCCUUCUUCCUGCACCUGUAAUAAUCUUUAACCAUUUUCUGUUCUCUACAUUAAAAAGAACCUGAUAGGGCAGAAAAAUCAAUUGUGGUUCUCCACUCUGUGACAAUUCAGUUUAUGAGCUAGAGAAGUAGAACCCAGCGCUGCACAGAACCCAUCACAGAACAUUCAUUUCAAUGAGAUUCAUGUUACUGUUCCAGAGCAGCAAUAAUAAACAUGAACUGCAUCCACCCUGCUAGGCAAUCAGGCAAUCACACCCUGUAGUUUGCUGUAGUCCCAGUUCCUACAUCACCCAGGCUAGAGGACAAAACAGAGUAUACUGGCAUAGCAGGCUGGGCAAUGGGACCACACCCAUAUCUCAUCCUCUUACCUGCAAGAUCUGGCCCAGCUGCAGAGCAGACUCUCAAGCUGGGAACAAUGCCCAGAUCCCUGUGGUUAAGGCACAGCUAAUCUCAGAUUGUGUCUUGCUUCCAUUACUGCACAUUGCACUGAAGCACAACCAGUUCCACUACACUAGAAUUAGGGUCUCUAGCUAGCCUUGAAGGACUAAGGGCUAGGUGAGAUCCCAGAGUGCUAUGCAAAUGCCCUGUCAUUCUAAUGGACUAAUGCUCAAAAGUCCUUUGGAAAUAGGAAUACUUUGAUUUCAAGAAUGCAUUUUUUCCCUCUUCAACUUAAAUAUUUUGGGCAUUUUUCAUGGCAAAUGAUAGAGAUUGUGUCAUCAUCUUUCAGGUUUAAGAUAUGGCAUUUGCUUUGAUUUCUGAAAGAAGCUUCUCUCAGAAAAUAACAUUUGAGAAAAAAAAAUCCAGCUUAUUCUGUGUCUAAACCUACAUAAUGAAACUUCAAUAGACUUAAUCCUUCUUUCCCCCUUUUCAAGAAUAACCCCUGGGCUGCAAAUGAACUGUCAGUUUUGGUCCUUGGUUUCGUGAAUAGCUAGAGAGAAUCAAGAACAGUUAGAGAGAUCAGCACAGUCUCAAUUGAGGUUUCCACCUGAAUUUAAAUUAUUCAGAGCAAUUAUUCAAACACCUAUCUAUUCAGUGUAGCUAAUCACUAGUACUAUGUGUAAUCCAGCCAGCCACCACUGCCUUGUCAAUUCAGUCUUUUACAUUCAGAUUUCCAUAAAUGAGAUUAAUAGUCUUAGUUAAAAGACUACUAAUUUUGCCAGCAAGUUUGUAGGGUGCUCUUUACAGAGAUAAGUGUCAUAAGAAGGAAAGAACCAGCAGAGCUGAGUCUAAACCAACAUGUAGCUACCAAAUAGCACAAAACACUAGAGCAGAUUACUGCUAGAGUGUUCUGGAAUCUGCUUUCAAGAGCAUCUGGAGAGGUAACUUCCCAUGUUACCCAAAUAUCCCAUUUGGAAGACUAAGGAAGCUUUUCUAGCUCACUUCCUUCUCGUAUAAAAGACAACCUCAGCAGUGCCACCUGUGAAUUGCAGUUCAGUCAUCCAGCACCUGAACUGCUCCAGUGGUCAAACCAGCACAAUGCUACAGCUCACCCCCUCCUUUAGUGUUCAGGGAAGUGGUCUCUGAUCACUUAUCAUCUUACAGCAGACUUGUAUGGCUUCCUAAUUCUAUCUGCAGAGCAGAGCUACUUUAAUCUAGGAAUGUUAUAACAUAGAUGAUGUAAAUGUUCCUUUCUCUAUAGGACGGCGUAGUUUUCACUGGCUAGUUGAAGCUAGGUUGAUGCUUCUCAUGCCAGGUAGAAAGGUACUCCUUUCCCAGUUAUUGAAGUCACAGAUCUGUGCAAUGCCUACCAUGAGUGGGAUUCCAACUUUGGCUCCAU